AUGUCGUGUUGCCUAAGAGCGUGUGUGGUGACGUGUGUGCCGCAGGUCGCGCCCGCAAAGGUGUUCUCGGCAGCGGCGCGACAGGUUUAUUGCUGGAGGUGCGACGAGGCGGCGCAUGGAGGGGAGUCCGGGAGCGCGUGCCCUAGAUACCUGAUUCUAGACUCGCCGCUCCCGGCUGUCGGCCAGCGCGACUCGGCGCAGCGGGCGGCCAACGAGAUGUGCGCAAGCGGCAUGCCCGGCGGCGAGGUCUUUGCCAGCUGGCCCUCGGAUUCGGAGGAGUCCCUGCUGGUGGAGUUCACGCAGGGCCUGGCACCGGGGAUCGCCACGGACCCGGAGCUGAUGCAGCUGGAGUGGCUGUCCGGCGGCGGCCUGCUCAAGCCGCCCAAGCACUGGGGGGACGACAAGUCGGACGACCUGGCCGGGAGUGGCACGGACAGUUUCCCAACCGGUCCAAGCGCCUCAAGUCUGGACGGAAGCUUUGGGCUGAUGAUGCAGAACUCAGUGGACAACCCGUCACUGAUGAUGCAACCAUCAGAAGAGCUUGCGGACUCACCAGGGGCAGUCAAUAGCUGGCCGUUGAGGACGCCGGCCAACACACCAGCAGCCCCCAAUGGAAGAUCGCUGGGGCAGCUGGUGGGGAACUGCCUGGGGCCUUUGCCAUUUGGGGUCGACCUGGUGGCCCAGAAGAUGCCUGGCCUUGUGCCUGGGGCACCAUAUGGUAUGGUCCCGGUGACCCCGCGUCACCGCAGGCACUACUCGCUUGACUGCUUGGACCCGAUGGAGGACCCCAGGAGGCACACCCGCAAGCGGCGGCUGGCAAGGGGGAAUCCCCUUGGCGUGCGAAGCCGUGCAGGGCCGAUGCCUGGUGAGCUGGAGGUUGCUACGGCUCACCUCAGGCGUGAGCUGGGUGGUGCACCAUGUGUGAGUCCUCAGAGGCGCUGCACGCACUGUGGCGCCUCGAAGACUCCACAAUGGCGUGCCGGGCCGUUUGGCCAGAAGACCCUUUGCAACGCAUGUGGAGUCAAGUUCAAGGCUGGACGCCUGAACCCUUGUGGGUCUCCGACAGCUCGUGGUCGUCGCGUGGGGCAGCUCUCCUCACAGCGGAAGUCGAUGAUGGUGGUGGAUGGGGUUGGCCCCUGA